AUGAAGUCCUCGUACCUGUUGGCCAGCCUUGCCUUGGGCUCUACCACCCUCGCAAGGCUGAUUCCCCGCGCGGAUGUCGAUAGCGGACAGUGGAAGUGCCGUUGGACUGGUCACUGCCUUGGCGACGAGUGCGAGACCAACCGAGACUGCGAUGGCGACCUCGUCUGCCGCAACUACGAGUGCGCAAACCCUGGAGGUCCAGUCAAGCCGACCACCACGCGCAAGACCACGUCGACCACCAAGACAACUAGAGGUACUCGUCCCACAAACACGGUACCUCCAGGCUGUGUCUGGCCCGGCCAUUGCUUGGGUGACCCCUGUAAAACCGAAAACGACUGCGACGCCGAUUGGAUUUGCCUGGCAGGCAAGUGUGCUUCACCGGGACCGACCAUUCCCGUUCCCACCACCACUCGGCCUAUCCCUCCCCCAAUCACGACGACGAGGACUACGAGUAAACCAACCACCACCACUCGGCCUGUCCCUCUCCCGUUCACCACGACGACAAGGACUACAAGCAAACCAACCACAGUGCCGGUGCCUACUACCACGAGCGAGCCACCUACUACCACAAGCCAGCCACCUACGAACCCGGGAAACCCCAGCUGUGGUGAUAAUCCUUUAGCCUGUAUCGGCUCCCCAUGCUCCAUCGAUGCCGACUGCAAGUUCGAUUUGAUCAUUUGCCAGAAUGGUGUUUGCGGACUCUGA